AGACGGCCACACCCACCCACCCACACGGGCAGCCUUUUUUUCUCUUAACACCAAACUUGCCUUCCACGCUAUCACAGAAGCUUCAGGAACAUCUCAACCGCCAUCCCUCCAAAUUUCUCGAUGACACUCUCGCCGUUUUAGUCCGUCUUUCCUCUCCGGCAGCUGUGUCACCGUCGCCGGCAAAUCAUGGCAAGUUACCCCCGGUCGAAGCUCGCUCUCGACGCCUUCCGUAGUUUCUCUUCCAAGACCACCGCCGCCGCCCACCGGCUGCCGUCAAUUCAAGAAUCAGUUUCCCCAAUUCACCGCACCGCCUCUUCCAUUGUUGCUUCGAAUCCAGUUAAGUUUUCCGCCUCGCAUCCUUACUCUUCCCUCUCUGAACGAUUCGGCUUAGAUUUAGGAUCGAGAACACUUCAAUCCUCCGUCGCAAGGCGAGGAGUCGUGAUUCCGAACAACAAUCCUUUCGGCGGUGGGGCUAGGAGGUUCUACUAUGUCGAUCCCCGCCGCGUCCAGCAUUUCAAACCUCGGGGAUAUCGGCGGUGGUUCCGGAAUCCGAGGAAUGUUUUGAUAGUCGUUCUGGUGAGCUCCGGCGUAGUGAUCACCGUCUUUUUUGGUAACCUCGAGACUGUGCCCUACACGAAAAGAAAGCAUUUCGUGCUGUUGAGCAGCAAUAUGGAGAAGAAGAUGGGGGAGUCUCAGUUUCAAGAACUCAAGGGCUCGUUCAGGGGGAGGAUCUUGCCUGCAAUUCACCCUGAUAGUGUGAGAGUUCGUCUGAUUGCUAAAGAUAUAAUCGAGGCUUUGCAAAGAGGGGUGAGUCAUGAGCAAGGGUGGAAAGAGCUGGACUAUGCUUCCACCGCCGAUGGUACUGAUGCUGCUGCUGCAGCGGAUAGGGGGCGUGCUAGGGAGACGCAUAAGAUGUUGAGUGAGGAUGAAGGGAAGCCAGAGACUGAUUGGGGGAAACAGGACGAGAUUCUUGAUGAUAAGUGGGUGGAAAAGACUAGAAAGAAGGGAAGGAAAGCUGGAACUUCGCAUUUGGAUGGACUAAACUGGGAGGUCGUGGUUGUUGAUCAGCCUGUCGUCAAUGCUUUCUGUUUACCGGGUGGAAAGAUUGUUGUUUUCACCGGUUUGCUUAAGCAUUUCUCAACUGAUGCUGAGAUAGCCACCAUUAUCGGCCACGAGGUUGGGCAUGCUGUGGCGAGACAUUCAGCAGAGGGAAUCACUAAGAAUUUGUGGGUUGCAAUUGUGCAAAUUAUUCUUUUCCAGUUCAUAGCAGCGGAUCUCGCCAACACAAUGUCCACUCUUUUCUUGAGGCUUCCAUUUUCUCGAAAGAUGGAGAUCGAAGCUGAUUACAUAGGUCUACUGUUGAUGGCCUCUGCUGGAUACGAUCCCCGUAUUGCGCCAAGCGUAUACGAGAAACUGGGGAAGAUCAGCGGGGAAUCAGCAUUGAGAAACUAUCUUUCUACUCAUCCAUCUGGGAAGAAAAGGUCACGGUUGCUGGCACAGGCACAUGUGAUGGAGGAGGCACUCAAUGUAUACAGGGAGACAUUGUCAGGACGUGAAGUCGAAGGCUUCUUUCUGUAAGCUCACAGUGAGAUGAAGUUUGCGGUCUGUUUCUGGUUCAUGGUUUAUUAACAUAGUCGCAAUUGUAAAUCGCUAUUCUGACCAUAGCAACACGGGCUUUGGUUUGAAGGAGAAGCUGAAGAAGACCGUCAGCUUACUUGCUUAGCUUUGUAGUUGUAAGUACGAGUUCGUUCGGGUUAAAGGAAAGGGUUAUAUUCUGUUUUCAAGGUAGGUUGUACUUAGGGCUGCAAAUGAGUCGAGUCGAGUUUUAUCCCAGCUUGAGCUCGGCUCGUUAAUAAACGAGUCGAGUUCGAGCUCAGCUCGUUUAUUAACGAGCCGAGUCGAGUUUGAGCUAGCUUGUUUAUUAAAAUCUUAACUUUUAAUUGGUACUUUAUUUUGUAUAUCAUGAUACAUAUAAUUUAUUUUGUUAGCUAAUCUCAUAUUAUACUUUGUUGGU